UGGCGACAUUUUACAAAUGAUAAAGUAUGCUGUCAAAUGCAUAGAUGUAUUUAACGUUCUCUGGAAAUUAGGUGGAAAAUCUAAAAUAAAAAAUCGUCAAAACGUCAUUGAGCUAAAAAAAAAAGAGUCAAAAUGAUGACGAUCUCGUCAAUUCGGCAAUGCUGCAUGGAGUUUUUGCUUUUCUUGAGAGCUGCAUACUGGCCUUAUGCUAUGGCAACAUUUUUAUCAGCUGAUCGUUAACCGCUGAUUGAAAAAAGUCUAUUUACCAUUGUGCAAUUAAAAAUAAAUAAAUUAUGCUGCGACUCGCGGCAAAAACAUUUGUAAAACACAGCGUUUCAACAAAAUUAAUUGCAAAUCCAUUUGGGAAGCUGCCUACGUCAAACACGUUUUCUUUGGUUCAUCGAAAAUGGCAAUCGAGUCGUGGGACUGGCACCGCUACCAUGCGGAUUGAUAGCAACAAAAAAAUAACACCUCUUGGCUGGUUCCUCUUGCUUGUCCCAGUGUCUACAUUUGGUCUAGGGUGCUGGCAAGUGAAACGCAAAGCAUGGAAAGAGCAAUUAAUCAGGAACUUGGAGCUUCAAACCAAAAUGUCACCAGUACCACUACCCACAGACUUUAGCGAGGUGUCUGCUAUGGAGUAUCGGUUGGUCGCUGUGCGUGGAAAAUUUAUACAUAAUAAGGAACUUAUUAUGGGACCUCGUUCAUUCAUACGCCCGGAUGGAAGUGAAACCGCUGGAGGCUUAUUUUCACAACGUGAUACCGGCAAUGGCUAUCUUGUGAUAACGCCGUUUAAACUGGCAGAUAGAGAGUAAGUACCUUGAGCUGCC